CGCGUUGUUGAGUGUUGGUGAUGCUUUUGAAAACUACCUGCUUUUAGUUUUAUCAUUCUCUCGGAUCCGCUCACCAUCGUAUCUUCAACGGUGGCCGGUGGCCGGUGGCGGUGGCUUCACGGCGGUCAUUUUCCUGCUAAAAAUCUUAUUUAUUAAUCUGUCAAUCUUAGAUGGCGUACCGUAGAAAGCAGGGAAUUUCUAGGGCUUCCACCUUCAAUGAAGAGAUCCUCCAUUCUCCCAGCAACCGCGACACGACCACCACCACUUCUUCCGCUGCUCCGUCCUCAUCACUUGCUGCUCAAGCGAUCAGAGCAUCCGCCGCUCAUCGAGAUUCUUCUCUCUCCUCCGCUUACGCCAACUCUACUUCCCACUCCUCUUCUAAAGACCGAUCCAAGGGCUCUGCUACCUAUGACUAUACAUCAAUGGGAAGCACAAAUGAAGCAGGGGGAUUUUGGGGUGUUUUAGCAAGGAAGGCUAAAUCAAUCCUUGAUGAUGAUAAUGACUCUACUAAACGUUUUGAUCCUCCUAUUAGCAGUGUGAAGCCAGAAACAGUCUCAACAAGCAACCAGGUUGAGCAUCGUUAUGAGUCUUUUGAGAACUCCAGAAAAUUGGAUAAUCCAAGAUUAAGGAAGGGCUUAGAUAAACUCACAUCUUCACUUAAUCAGAUUGGUGACUCAAUUGGAAAUGCCUUUGAGGAAGGGCGAACAAUUGUGGACAAGAAAACUCAUGGAAUCAUCCAAGAAACACGCAAACUUCAGAACAGGAGAAAAGGAAUGAAUGAUGACCCGAAUCAGAACCAGAAUCAGAAUCAGAAUUGGAAUCGGAAUCAGGUCCCUGGAAUGGAAUCCACACAACAACAACAACAACAGACAAACCAAGAUUAUCAAAUCAAGGCAUCUCGCGACGUGGCGAUUGCAACAGCUGCAAAAGCAAAACUACUUCUUCGGGAGCUGAAAACUGUAAAAGCUGAUCUGGCAUUUGCAAAAGAAAGAAGUAGUCAACUUGAAGAAGAAAACAAAAUGCUACGAGAGGCUCUUGAAAAUGGAGAUCACCCUGCAGAUGAUGACAUGAUACGUGAACAACUUGAGUCACUUUUAGCAGAAAAGGCGCGAUUGGCAAAUGAGAAUUCAGUAUAUGCACGUGAGAAUCGAUUCUUGAGGGAAAUUGUUGAAUAUCAUCAACUAACAAUGCAAGAUGUUGUGUAUUUGGAUGAAGGCAUUGAAGAGGUUACACCUGUAAUUAUAACUACUACCCCGGGUGGGGGUGGGAUUUCUUCUAGAAGAUUAACAUUUCUUCAAGGAUUAUCGUCAACGAUGGCUUAA